UGAGCUUAAUAAAUGAAUCAAAUAGUCAUAAAUCUUCCGUAGAUUUUCUGACAUAGAACUUUGACAUUCGCUAGCUGUGACUCCAUUCACGAAACGGCUUUGUCUACUAACACUACACAUUUCUAUUUUCUAAAUCCUAACCUAUCCUGGUGGUCGCCAAGAACUUCACGGAACUCUAGUUUGACUCUCUCUGCAAAAAAAUCCAAACCCAACAAACAAAGUCUGUUUCCAUCAUGGAAUCUCAUCAAACAGUCAUGUUGCCAAACUCCUCUGUUAUUGCCGGGUCUGUGAAUCCAAAACCCGAUUUGGUAGUUUGCAACUCUGGAAAUGUGCUAAGGGAAUCCGGAGUUGGUAGAAAGGAAAAUGUGUUAAGGGAAUCCGGAGUUGGUAGAAAGGAAAAUAUGGUGGGAAAUUCAGAGGGGUUAAUUGGGUUUCUUGAGGUCUACGUACACCAAGCAAGGGACAUCCACAAUAUAUGUAUAUAUCACAAACAAGAUGUCUAUGCCAAGCUUUGCUUGUCGAGUGAUCCUGCAACAACGGUGGCAACUCGGACAAUCAACGGUGGGGGGAAGAAUCCGGUUUUCGAUGAGGUUCUACAACUGAAUGUUCGGACAAUUGAUUCUUCGCUGAAAUGUGAAAUAUGGAUGUUGAGUAGGGUAAAGAAUUAUCUUGAAGAUCAGUCGUUGGGAUUUGCAUUGGUGCCUCUUUCAGAUGUUCUCAUUGGGAAUGGGAAAUUAGAGCAAGAGUUUCCACUCUCCUCAAAUGAUCUAUUCCAUUCUCCAGCUGGUUUUGUCCAGUUGACACUCACUUACACUGGUGCCUUGCCCGAAGUCUUAGAAAUUCCUACUCCGCGAUCCUCUUUGACUGCAAGUGCCGCUGGGCAAGAUUCAGAUAUAUCAAGUUCAAUUCCUAAUGAAUUUGACAAGAUUGAGUUCCUAGAUCCGAAGAUCAUGAAUGAAAAUGAAAUGAUGGUUUCUGAGUAUUUUGGGAUCCCAUGUGCUGAUCAAGAACCCCAAAUCUCUGAUAGCUUGGGCACUACAGAAAAUGAUAAUCACCAUAGCUCGGACGAUAUGGUUGAUCAUAUUCUAGAAAGCCUCCCUACGGGUGGUCUCGAUGCUAUUGAAGUUUUGAAGGUUGAAACUUCCCCGAGUAAUGAUUUAACAAAUGGUUCCCCCCCAAUUUCAGUUCCUGCAAUCUCUCACUCUGAAUGUGAUACUCCAGGAGCUUCAAAAUCUACUAAUCAGGAUGCCGUUUCACCUCCAAAGGAGAAAAUCGCAAAUGUUGGAGAGGCUGACAGUGAGAGUGAUUCCUCUGCAGUGCCGGUUAGCACAUUUGCACCUGUUAUCGGUGUUAAAGUUGAGGCAGAACCAAAGCUGGUGCAGCAAGAAAUAGUCGACAUGUACAUGAAAAGCAUGCAGCAAUUCACCGAGUCGUUGGCAAAGAUGAAGCUUCCUAUGGACAUCGAAAGUGGAUCAGCCACUUCAGAGAAUACAGACUCCGAUGAGAAAGUACAAGCAUCAAAGGACAACGGCCCCAGCCCAAGAGUGUUUUACGGGAGUAGGGCAUUCUUCUGAACGUUCUUUGAUUGGUUCAGCCGACAAAGAGGUGACUUAUAUUGUAAAUCUCAACUCUAAUUUUAGUAGCGAGUGAAACUAAGUAUGAGGGUUAUGUUGGGAUAGUAUAGUUGAGAAGUAGACUUGUUUUAUUUGUGUUUUCAAGAACUGUUUGUAUUGCAACUGCUGUUGGAGUUUUUAAUGCUUAUAUUUGAUUGCAUCCA